GAUUACUUCAGUUGCAUAACUCACCAUGGGAAUUGCUCCUGUUCUCCAUCCGGCUCAGUCGGAUUUAGUUGACCCUUUGAAACCUCGUCAUCCUCCCACUUUGUUAAACAACCAGCUUCAGGAUCAUGCUAGUGUGCCGACCGCAAACCCAACUAAUUGCGGGUUUGCAGCUGGAGAGCGAUUGGCCCCACUUGCAGCUGCAAAUCCUACUGCUAAUCAUUCAGCUUCUGUUCCUAAAUCUAUAUCUUCCUGUGCCCAUGCCUGGUCUGGCAAGAUACUCGUUGGAAAAACCAGUCUAAUUGAUGAGCAUGGCAGAACACUGCUGGUUCGUGGAGUGAAUAUGUCUGGCAACUCUAAACUCCCUACCUUUCCUUUGGGAUCCAACAGACAUACUAGUGAGAAUUUCUAUGAUCAUCGCAACGUGUCAUUUAUAGGUCGUCCAUUUCCACUUUGUGAAAUUGAAGAGCAUUUUGAAAGACUACAUGCUUGGGGACUUACCUUUGCUCGAUUGUUGGUUCCUUGGGAAGCACUUGAGCAUGCUGGACCUGGUAUCUACGACGAAGAAUAUAUCGACUUUUUAAUCAAGCUGCUUCAACGCGCUCCAGAAUAUGGAAUCAAGUGUUUUAUUGAUCCUCAUCAAGAUACAUGGAGUCGCUAUUCUGGUGGAUCUGGUGCUCCUGGCUGGACAUUUGAAGUUGCUGGUCUUGAUCUCACAAAGUUUAUUGCCUCGGGAGCUGUACAUUAUCAUGAUUUUACAACCGAUGAUGAUAAUGGAAAAAUGAUUUGGCCCACAAAUUAUAUCAAACUUGCAUCAGCUACCAUGUUUACUCUUUUCUUUGGCGGAGACGAAUUUGCUCCGAAUCUAAAGUACCAGAACCAAUCCCCUCAAUCGUUUCUUCAAACCCAUUUCUGCAACGCAUAUGCACAUCUUGCCAAGCGUUUUUUGGCUGCCGGUGUUGACUCUGUUGUUGGAUUUGAGGUUAUUAAUGAGCCUCAUCCUGGAUAUAUUGGACUACAUACUUUAGAGCAUUUUGAUCUUAUGAAAGAUUUACAUCUUGCAAACACCCCAACACCACUACAAUCUUUUGCUCUAGGAAGUGGCUAUACCCAGUCGGUUGACUUUUUUGUAAAAAGUUGGCCUUGGCCUACUCGCAAAUCAGGCACUAGAACGUUGAAUAUUGAUAAGCAGUCUGCAUGGCUUCCUGGUCGUAAAUGCAUUUGGAGAGAUCAUGGUGUUUGGGAUAUCGAUACAAAUGGGAACCCAGUUACAAAAAAAAAGCACUAUUUCAGAACUCGUAGAGAUGGCUCCCCGAUUGACUUUAAUGUUCAUUGCUAUAAUCCAUUUAUCAAGAAAUACUCCGAGACAAUUCGUUCUGCCAAUCCCAACAUGACCAUAUUGUUUGAACCAAUUCCAAAUGAGGAUCCUCCUGUUUUUAUCAAUGAUUCGUCCAGCCUUUUAAAAAAUACAAUAUAUGCACCUCAUUGGUACGAUCUCAAGUCAGUCUUUAACAAAUCGUUUAAUGGAUUGAUUACCCAUGAUGUGCAAAGUCUAAGUCGUGGCACAAAAAAUGUGCUGCAAGCAAGCUAUUUUGGUAUGGGAGGUGCAAAUCGUAAUUAUCGAACCCAAAUCUCCAAUAUUGUACGGUCUGGAAAUGAGCGUGUUGGACCCAAGCCAUGUCUUAUUGGCGAGUGUGGUAUUCCCAUGGACAUUAAUGAAAAAGCGGCUUUUGAAACGGGCGACUAUCAACAUCACACUAAUUUUCUUGAUGCCGUCAUUAAUGCAAUGGAGUCAAACUUGGUCAAUUUUACGCUUUGGAAUUAUAAUCCGCACAAUGAUAAUGCAUUUGGGGACCACUGGAACGGAGAAGAUUUUUCCAUAUACUCCCGAAAUGCAAGGCGUAUGUCACUUACACCGCUCACACCUUUUGAUAUUACCGAGAUUUGUUUCAAUGAUGUGGAUGAAUAUGGACAUGCUCAUGCGGGAGGCCGUGCUCUUGAUGCUGUUAUUCGUCCUUAUGCAGCAAAAAUUGCUGGAACUCCCCUCAAAAUGAGCUUUGAUCUCAAAACACUUACUUUUGAGCUCUAUUUUUCAACCCCCAUUAUCACUACUUUACCUCAUAACAUGACAUCUACAACUUGUUUUAUGACAGAGAUCUAUGUUCCAAAUUUCCACUAUGGCGGUCCAACACAACCAGACGUGUGCAUUUCUGAUGGAAAGUACUCUUACAGUCGGAAACGGCAAACUCUUUAUUGGAAAAUCAACCCACGGCAGUAUAUUGAGCCGUGGUUUGACGAAACACCAUAUGCAUAUUGGAAAAUGCUAUUCCCCGACGCAUUGGAUCAUGCUAUUUGUCAAGCUGGAUCAGAAGUCAAUAUUCACUCUAUUAGAAUCACACCUGCUAAGCCACUCAGGUCAACUAAAUCCUCUUCCUAAUAGCAAAUACUUUUGAUAUGGAUGAGCGGUCUGAUGAAAAGUAGGCUUUUUAUUAUCCGAAUGAACGGAAUUGGUCAAAUAAAAAGGAUACCCUUU